UUUGACUUCAAGGUAUUGCAUUCUGGGAACCGAUGUUAUUUUAUCCCGCGUCUUUUCUGUUCUCUAACGACUUGUCCAUUAGAAGAGAACACUACUUCCCAUAAUGCAAAUUUACUUUUUUCCCCCAGUCAAAGUUGGUCCGUCUGCUGUGAAAUGAAAUUGGAAAAUGAGAGCAGCGAAAGGAGUAACCGAGGAGAUCAAAUUGAAAAUAAUGCACAUUGACAUCAAAUAUGCGACAGUACCGCAGUUGUAUUAGCGACGGUUCGUUAUGACAGACGUUGCACGGUGUUCUGUCUUGCUCCGUUUUUGUUAGCUAUAUGGACGUUGAACUAGCUGGCUAGCCACCUCCCUGUCACGAGCAACGCCGGGGUGUAUUCUUCGUUUAGACUUCGGUUCAUCACCGUACUGCAGUAUGUUACAGUGGCCGAAAGGAGGGCCAGGGCUCGGUUAUAGCAUUUGAGAUUCACCGCUGUACAAGAGCAUCAGUUCACACCAUUUGUCAACAAUGCACAACUCGUUGCAAGCUAUAAUUAUUGCCAUAUUUUAUGCAAGUUAGCCAGUCAGCAGUUAAUAUUAUGGCACAGUACAGAAAAUAAUAGCCAGUAACAUUUCAGUGCCGUGGUACAAGUGCAGGUGGUGCAUUCCGAAAAGUGAUAAGGGAUCAUACACGGCAGGAUGGAGCGAGGAGGCACCAUGGAGCGAGCAGGCAGCAUCCAGCUGGACGUCCCUGACUUUAGCAACUCUGUGCUGUCCCAACUGAACCAGCUGCGUAUGCAGGGGCGGCUGUGCGACAUAGUGGUGAACGUGCAGGGCCAGAGCUUCCGUGCUCACAAGGUUGUGUUGGCUGCCAGCUCCCCUUACUUCCGAGACCACAUGUCACUGGGCCAGAUGAGCACUGUGUCCCUGUCAGUCAUCCGCAACCCCUCGGUGUUUGAUCAGCUCCUCUCAUACUGCUACACCGGGAGGCUGUGCCUGCAGCUGGCCGACAUCAUCAGCUACCUGACGGCCGCCAGCUUCCUGCAGAUGCAGCACAUCAUUGACCGCUGCACGCAGAUCCUUGAGGGCAUCCAUUUAAAGAUCAGCCUGGCGGAGGAGGAGCUGGGGGCCGGAGGGGGGCAUAGGGGGGCUGGGAGCUUGGAGGGAGGAGGAGGAGGAGGUGGGGUAGUAACAUCAGGGGGCUCCCUAAGCCCGCGCCGCAGCAGCCCCAGGGUUCUGGGACCUCAAGGAAGCAGAACCCGAGGUGCCAUGGAUAUCCGAGAGGUGGGAAGCCCAGCGGGGGAGUCCAUGAGCCCCCAGAUGGUGGAGCACAGUGGGCUGGGCCCGGAGGGUCUGCCUGGGGGGGUGGAAGUGGGCAGCAGGCUGGGGAAGGAGCCCAUACUGCGCAUCAAUCGGGCCGGCCAGUGGUACGUGGAGGCAGAGUCGGAGAGGGGGAGCGGCGGUGAAGAGGGGGAGUCAAUGCGGGUGGUGGAUGGUUUGAGGAUAAAGACAGAGAGGAUGGAAGAGUGGACUGGGGCUGAUACCCAGGAAGAAGGGAGCGGGGCGGAAGAGGGAGCAGCCAUGAUGAUUGACACGUCCGUAUGCAGCUCGCUGGUGCAGGAGGGUAUUGUCACGGGGGCCAAGAGCUCUCAGCCCUCCAGCAGCUUCAGUGAGACUGAGAGGUUUAGUCCUACUGGCAGUGUGGUGGUGAUGGCAGAGAGACCGAGAGCCAAGAGUGAGUCACCCAGCAGAGUAGACGACCAGUGCCAUCCCAACUCGCAGGGGGAGGAGCAGGCUGUGUUGGGCGGCUACGAGGAGUACCUGCGUGAGCAGGUGGCUGACCGCUGGUGCCACUACAACCCUCGACUCACCUGCAUCUACUGCUGCAAGUCCUUCAACCAGAAGGGCAGCCUGGACCGCCACAUGAGGCUGCACAUGGGCAUCACACCUUUCGUGUGCCGCAUCUGCGGCAAGAAAUACACCCGCAAGGACCAGCUGGAGUACCACAUCCGCAAGCACACAGGAAACAAGCCCUUCCAUUGCCACGUCUGCGGGAAGAGCUUCCCCUUCCAGGCCAUCCUCAACCAGCACUUCCGCAAGAACCAUCCGGGCUGCGGCCCUCAAGAGGUGGCCCACAGCGCCUCCCCAGAGACCACCACUGUCUCCUCCAGGGGGGGGCAGAACGAGGAGGCGUCGCCCAGCCAGGAGGAGCCAGAUGGGGGUGGAGGUGGGGCCUCUUUCAGAGAGAGUGUCCAGGCCUCUGUCUCCACCACUGGGCCUGAUUGACCCAGUGGACCAGGGAGGGAGAUGGUUGGGAUAUAGGAGGACAGGGUAUAGGUUAGGUUAAUGGUUUGUACUCUCCUGCCAGUGGAGGAAAGACAAUGUAUGUUGAAGUUGCUUCAAAGGAAAUGAUGAUAAGGGGGAGGUCAGAAGGUCAAGUCCAUCCAGGGUGGGAUUUUUAUAAGCAUUUUUUUUAUUUAUUCCUUCGACUAAACUGCAGGGACAGGAGAACGAAGCAACAGAGUAGUUUGAUAUGGCACUUCGUAAUAUGUCGUUAUUUAUAAAUGAUAUUUCCGCUUUAAACCAUAUCUACCUUCACAAUACAAACAUGAACAGAUUAAGCCAACACAUGAAGAAAUGCCACACACUCCCAAUAACCUCACAACACUGAAUGCAGUGGUUUUUAUUUGACUAUUUUCUUAUGUUACUUUUAUUAUUUUUGUAUAAUAACUACAUACAAUUUCAAUUCUUGCCUUUUGUCUUGAGACAAUCUUGAUCAGAUGGGGGUCAGUGAUAAUCAGACUCCUCUUCAUACAUUAUAUGGGCAAUUCCACGGUUACUCGUGGUUUUCACAUAAAAAUGUAUGUCAAACAACAAGCAAUGGUUGCAAAGUUGAACAAACCAUACACAUUUUUUACACAAGGACUACUUUGAACAAUUUCCAAUUUUACAAAAACACAUUUACUUGAGGUAACAAAAACAUUUACUUUGACAGUGCAGAGGCAAAGUUUGGUAACAGAAUGACAACACCAACAGCACAAACUGUCAUUCUCUUACCAAACUUUGCAUCUGCUCAAGUAAAUAGAUUUUUGUCAAAUGUUCCGUGUAAUUUAUUAAGUAGUCCUUGUACAUAGUUGUAUGGUUUGUUUACAGAGAGAGUCUCAGCAUCACUGUUACGGUGGAAUUGCCCAUGUUGCAGAAUGGCUUAAAAAUGCAACUCCACAUGAAUAGUAGAUAUGGCCCAGUGAACAAAACCAGUUAAUUUGGUAGAGUAAUUAGUACAAUUCUGAAAAUAACACUGAUGUCAGUCUUAUGACGAUUUUAUGUCAUGUGUCUUAACACGGCUAAAUGCAUUCAGAAGUAUACCAUUAUUUAAUCAGUGCAACACUUUUACAAUGUAUUAAGAUAUUGGCAAAGGUAAGAGGCCUUUAAAGGGGACUUGUUAAUCCAUAUGUAUUUGAACCAUGCCUCCACAUUCUUUAACCAGCUGCUGAACGCAUACUUCUUUACAGGAACACAGGAAACUCCGUUUUUUAAACAUUUUUUUACCUCAGAUAAGCUACAAUAAAACUCUGUUACCUCUCACACAUCACUACGCAAUACAGCUCUGCUCCAAGCAGAUUGGUCGAUGCACUCAGUUGAAUUUACAGUAUGUUUUCAUUUUUCUAUGUUGUGGUUAACUACCUUCUUUUUUUUAUUUUUAUAAGUGACUGGUUUUUUUGCAUAAGCGCAUCUGAACAUUUUUAUCUAGCUCUGACAAUGUAUCUGGAGGGUGUAGAGACCAGAUUGUAAUGGAGGACACUCAUCGCUAUUGGGGGUGUCCGAAAGGAGGAGAGAUGAGACUCUGCAGCUGAACUGUAGUACCACCCAAGAGAAAGACUCUGCAGCUGAACUGUAGUACCACCCAAGAGAAAGACUGCAGCUGUUCUGUAGUACCACCCAAGAGAAAGACUCUGCAGCUGUUCUGUAGUACCACCCAAGAGAAAGACUCUGCAGCUGUUCUGUAGUACCACCCAAGAGAAAGACUCUGCAGCUGCUCUGUAGUACCACCCAAGAGAAAGACUCUGCAGCUGUUCUGUAGUACCACCCAAGAGAAAGACUCUGCAGCUGUUCUGUAGUACCACCCAAGAGAAAGACUCUGCAGCUGCUCUGUAGUACCACCCAAGAGAAAGACUCUGCAGCUGCUCUGUAGUACCACCCAAGAGAAAGACUCUGCAGCUGCUCUGUAGUACUACCCAAGAGAAAGACUCUGCAGCUGUUCUGUAGUACCACCCAAGAGAAAGACUGCAGCUGCUCUGUAGUACCACCCAAGAGAAAGACUCUGCAGCUGUUCUGUAGUACCACCCAAGAGAAAGACUCUGCAGCUGUUCUGUAGUACCACCCAAGAGAAAGACUCUGCAGCUGUUCUGUAGUACCACCCAAGAGAAAGACUCUGCAGCUGUUCUGUAGUACCACCCAAGAGAAAUACUCUGCAGCUGCUCUGUAGUACCACCCAAGAGAAAGACUCUGCAGCUGUUCUGUAGUACCACCCAAGAGAAAGACUCUGCAGCUGCUCUGUAGUACCACCCAAGAGAAAUACUCUCCAGCUGUUCUGUAGUACCACCCAAGAGAAGGACUCUGCAGCUGUUCUGUAGUACCACCCAAGAGAAAGACUGCAGCUGUUCUGUAGUACCACCCAAGAGAAAGAAUGCAGCUGUUCUGUAGUACCACCCAAGAGAAAGAAUGCAGCUGAACUGUAGUACCACCCAAGAGAAAUACUCUGCAGCUGUUCUGUAGUACCACCCAAGAGAAAGACUCUGCAGCUGAACUGUAGUACCACCCAAGAGAAAGACUGCAGCUGUUCUGUAGUACCACCCAAGAGAAAGACUGCAGCUGUUCUGUAGUACCACCCAAGAGAAAGAAUGCAGCUGUUCUGUGGUACCACCCAAGAGAAAGACUCUGCAGCUGAACUGUAGUACCACCCAAGAGAAAUACUCUCCAGCUGUGCUGUAGUACCACCCAAGAGAAAGAAUGCAGCUGAACUGUGGUACCACCCAAGAGAAAGACUCUGCAGCUGAACUGUAGUACCACCCAAGAGAAAUACUCUCCAGCUGUUCUGUAGUACCACCCAAGAGAAAGAAUGCAGCUGAACUGUAGUACCACCCAAGAGAAAGACUGCAGCUGUUCUGUAGUACCACCCAAGAGAAAUACUCUCCAGCUGUUCUGUAGUACCACCCAAGAGAAA